AUGCCAGGACGGAUGUGUUGUUCGCGGGGGAUGGGACUAUUGAUCUGGCGAUUGAGCGCGGCAGGGCUUUUCUACUUUCCUAGAGGCUGGGGCUACUACGGUAUUUGUGUGGGGUGGACCGAGCGGGAGAGGUGUUUCGGGCGAGGAGAUCAGGAGAUUGGUGGAUGCACUUGGAGGUAUGGUGAACAUGGAUACCUAGGAGUCCAGGAGAUUCGGGCAUUGGGUGUCGCGCGCGUUAGUGUUGGGCCGGAGCUGUGGCGAACUGCUAUGAAAGCGUUCAAUGAUCAGGCAGAGCAAGUGUUGGCAUUGUGA